AUGGCCACCGUCAACUUCUUUGUCCACAUCUUGGUCUCGAUCUUGGGCCGGCCCCUAUCUCUCUGUCGUCUUGUCCGACGCAGAUCAGGACUCCCUGGCCUUGCCUGCUGGCCACGCCCACUACCCGUGAGGAACUCCUCUCUGCAGUUACCUUCACUUUGUAUGCUGGAAAUAACCCCUGCUUUCCCUGCCAUGUAUCCAUAUUCACCUCAGUGCCCUAAUGUACCAAUCACUACCGUCCGCGAUCUAUCUGGCAAACCGCAGUUUAUGCCCUUGCUCGCCCAUUUUUGGCUCUCCUGCUGUGCGGAUACUGCGUACUGUAACCCGAGCGGCUGA